AUGACGCCGGAAUCCUCCAGAGUGGAGCGUUUACGCUCGGAUCUGCAAGAGGAAGCGGCCCAAUUGCGCGCAGAGCUUUGGGGCCUUUGCAAUGGCGAGCUCCGCCCAGGUCCGGAGAACCACGUGGACGAGCGAUCCAUGCGAGACUUGGAGAUGAAGCUGCAAGAGAUGACCAUUGAGAGAGACGCUGCAUGGGCGUGGGCCGAAGGCUUAGAGACCAAGCUCCAAAUGGAGAGGCUCACUGCCCGGGCAUGCGCGACAGAAGCGAUCGAAGUCGAGGAGAAAAGUGAAGAGAGGAUCUCCGAACUCCUCGACGAGUUGGCUGCUGCGGAGGCAGAAGCCAAGGAGCUUCAGCAGCUGCGCUCAGGCGCUGAGCCGGCCGGGAGCUCCCAGAUGUUGUUGCAGGAGAUCCAUCACAAGGUGUUGGCUUCUUUAUACCAAGGGGAAGAGCUGAAACAACAAUUCCAGCAUUGUUCAUGUGCAGCGCCGCGGUGGACAACCGACCUGGUGCGACCGAUUUGCGCAGCGCAGGAAACGAAGGAGGACUUGUGGGAGCGCCGCUACGAACUCGAUGUGGCCGAGUUGACCGAGCGCCUGCAUUUGAGCAAUAAUGAGAUGCGUGCCUUCGAGGAAGAGCGGAACGCUUGGGCUCGACGUGCAGAGCAUUUGGAGAGUCUUUUAGAAGAGAAAGAGAAAGAACCGCAUCGUUUGGAGGAGCAGAUCGCCCACUUGCGCCGAACGCUCCAGGAGACCCAGGCAAACACUGCAGUGAUGCUGAGGGAACAGGCCCACGCAAACUGGACAAGGAGGCAAAGUGAAGAAGAGUUUUCUGAGAUGCGCUCCAUGUGUGCGCAGCUGGAAGCAGCGCUCCAAGAAGCAGCUCUCCGGAAGGAGGAGGCGAGUCAGGUCGGUGCCAAACUGGAGUGUUUGGAAACCAAAGUGCAUUCGGAGUGGGAAGCCAAAGAAGCUAGACCAGGUGCCAAGUUGAAGCAAGCGCUCUCCAGGGAUGGUGUCCUCUCGAGCGAGGGGCGUUGGCAUGAACCGGUGGCCGGCCUGGCGCCGAUGCUUCCGCCGCCGAAGGUGGUUCGGGCCGCGGAGCCCCUCUCGGCGCGUGGAGGUGAGGAGAUGCCGCCAAAUCGUGUCCUCCAAGUGUUCUUAGAUGCCACCGUGUCGCCGCCGCUCCAGCCACUGCCUCACCCGCAGCUGGCACAGACGCUCGUGCAGCCGGCGCAGACGCUGGCACAGCCAGCGCAGCUACUGGCCCAGUUCGAUCGACCGCCUUCACACAAGGGUGCUGAAGCAGAAGCUUCGGUUUGCCUCACCUCCUGGGGAACUGCCUUCGUGUCCUUGCCAAGCCAGCGUGUGGCAACACCCACGGCCCGACCUGCGCUCCGCGGAAAUGCCUCGGGCUCCAUCAGUGCCACUGGCAUGAGCACUGUAGGCGCCGCAGCGCUGGGCGCGACGCUGGUCGCCGCGGUGAGGAAGAGCGGCCGUGUGGGCCAGACCAGCCGGGGCGCCUUCGAGAAUGAACUCGGCGUCCAGCCACCCCUGGGCUUCUGGGACCCUGCCGGCUUGUCCAGCGACGGUGAUGCAAGGGAAUUCUACCGACGACGCGUUGUCGAGAUCAAGCACGGCCGGGUUUCUAUGUUGGCCUGCACCGGAUACAUUGUGCAGGAAUUCUUCAGAUUUCCGGGAUAUAUCUCUCCUUCUAGUGAGCUCAAGUUCACCGACAUCCCCAACGGACUUGCAGCAGCCACCAAAGUUCCAGCCGUUGGUUGGUUCCAGUACACCAUCUUCUGCGGCAUUUGCGACCUUUGGCUGAUGCACCAGGUCCCAACCAACCCAGCGGGAAAGCUGUGCACUCGCCUGUUUGGUGAGGGAGCCACCAACUACGAGUACGGCUUCUUGGGACUUCCCGGAUACUUGGGUGGCAAGGCAAUCGAGGACGCUGACGUCAAGAAGAAGAAGCUCAACGCGGAAAUUGCCAAUGGACGUUUGGCCAUGAUGGCCAUCAUUGGCAUGUUUUUCCAAGAUGGUCUUACGGGAUCUGCUUGGGGUGAUUGGGCCAACUACACUGAGUCUCCAUUGCGCUGA